AUGUCAAGAGCCAAGAGAAUUAUGAAGGAACUGCAAGCGGUCAAAGAUGAUCCUACAGCUAAAAUCGGAUUAGAGUUCGUCAAUGAAUCAGACAUACAUCAUUUGAAAGGCUCCUUUUUCGGUCCUCCAGGGACACCAUAUGAAGGUGGACAAUUCAUAAUUGACAUUGAAGUACCAAUGGAAUAUCCAUUCAAACCACCAAAGAUGAAAUUCGAUACUAAAGUAUAUCAUCCGAAUAUCUCCUCAGUAACAGGUGCCAUUUGUUUAGAUAUCUUGAAAAAUGCUUGGUCUCCAGUGAUAACGUUGAAAUCUGCUUUAAUAUCAUUGCAAGCCCUUUUACAAUCGCCUGAACCUAAUGACCCACAAGAUGCAGAAGUAGCUCAACAUUAUCUUAAGGACAGAGCAUCAUUUGAUAAAACCGCCGCAUUGUGGACUAAACUAUAUGCAGGUUCUGGUGCAGCAGGUCCCGGAUCCGCUAAUGUAGAUGAAGCUGAAUUAUAUGGUAUCGACGCAGAUGCGGUGCAAGAAUUCGAAUCACAAGGUUUUGAGAAACAAAAAAUCGUGGAAAUAUUGAGAAGACUGGGUAUUAAACGUCUGGAUCCAAAUGAUAAUGAUACUAUUAACCGUAUUAUUGAGGAAUUAUUGAAAUGA